AUGCAAUUUAUAUAUGUGUUACCUGGAUGGGAAGGUUCUGCUCACGACGGUCGUAUUCUUCGUGAUGCCAUUAGUAGGCCUACUAGGCUUAAAGUACCUCAAGGUUGUUACUACUUGGUGGAUGCUGGUUAUUGUAAUUCUUCUGGAUUUCUUGCGCCUUAUCGUGGACAUAGGUAUCAUCUUAAUGAGUUUGAUGGUCAUCGACCCGAGACUCCGGAAGAAUAUUUUAAUAUGAAGCACUCUCGAGCAAGAAAUGUAAUUGAGAGGUGUUUUGAUCCUCAGGAAUCUAUAGAGGAUGAUGAAGAAAGCGAAGAUGAGGAAAGUGAUGAUGAUGAUGAUGAAGUGGAAUACAUACGAACAAUUGCCCCAACUGACUAUAUGAUGAAAAGUAGUACAGUGGAUGUCCAUAACCAAGAGACAAAUGAUGUGGAAUACGGAAGAGGCAAGAAUAAGCGGUUUUGGACAGAGGAGGAAAGUUGGGUCUUAAUUAGAUGUUUACAAGAUAUGACCAUUGAUCCUCUUUGGAAAACAGAUGGUGGUUUUAAGAACAAUUAUAUAAACGAGAUAAGAAGAUUAAUGGUGCAAAAGUUACCCCAGUUGAUAAUUGAAGUGAAGCACAUUGACUCUAGGAUCAAGUUCUUGAAGGGAAGGUACCAUGCUAUUAAUGAAAUAUUGCAUAUUCACAAAGAUGCUAAGGGCUUAUAUAAUGUCUCAUUCUCUUACUUUACGGAUUUGGAUAUUGUGUAUGGCAAGGAUCGAGCAACGGGGGAUGUGGCUGAAGAUCCACUUGCUGCUGAACAGAAUUUAGGAAAUAUUGAUGUUACUUUGACUGUGACAGAUGAGAGUGAUUCCAACAUUGAAAUUGAAUUUUUAUCUACCAUGGAGUCACUGCCAUCUAAUUCUUCCAGUUCAUGUGCUGCCAAGAAAAAAUGCCCUCAUCAAGUUCAUAAAGCUUCAAAGAAGACCAAGUUUGCACCUGUGAAGAAUGCUGAAACUGAGUACAAGGAAUUUAAUGAUGAAAUUCGGGGUUUUAUGAAGAGUCUUGAUGGUCACCUUAGCACAAUGUCAACUUGGAUGCAAGGUACAACCUCAAGAAUGCCACAAGUUCUUGAACUGCUGGAAAAGCAUGGGUUCAGUGGUCCAGAUAAGUACAAGGCUUUUAAAGCAAUUUGUCAAGAUCCUUUGAAUGUUGACUUAUUAUUCAGUUUAGAUUCCACUGAAGUGAGGGAAUAUGUGCUCACUUUAAUAUAACUAAAGUCGAUUAAGAUCCUGAUUUUGGCAUUGUUAUCCUCAACU